GAAUCUUGGAAAUGGAGUAAAUAAUGACAGAUUUAAAAAAAUAAUCCAAGAAUUUCGUAGGGCAGUAGAAUAUCUUCAUAAUGCGAACCUUGAGCUUUGUUGCGAGAUUUAUGAUGAGUAUGAAUAUGAUGAGUUUGAAUAUGUUGCUGGAAUUCCCUUAAUUACUUUAAAAGCUUUACGUAAAGCUAAUUUAGAUAGCAAAAAGAAUGA